UAAAAACGCCCUGGAAGCGAAGGCCAGUCCACGUGGCGAUCGCCUGAGUGGCUGUCUGCCUCACGAUCGGAAUGAGGCGGGAAAUAACUGGCGUCUAGUCAGGGAUCUCCCGGUUGUCGAUCAAUCCGGGAAGAGCCUCGCAAACGCCAUUGAUGUGCUUGAGCGCGGCCGGCGGACGAAUGGGGGCCAUUUGCGGAGGCAUGCAGCGAGUUCCCAAAGGUUGCGGUAGUAUAUAAAUGCUGGCUCGGGCUUCGUUGUUUACUCAAGACGUUGUUCAUAGUUGGAGAGCGUUGCCGGGCCGCUCACCCCAGGUGCAGCGACGUGCUGUCAGUCGUGAAGGCCGGGGUCCGUGUUUGGAUAACGCAGUUAGGUUAUCAACAGUCAGCAGCGAUGGAAGGCGUCCUGCUUGGUAUGGGCAACCCUCUGCUGGACAUCUCGGCGACGAUCGCCGACCAAAGCUUACUCGACAAGUAUGACUUGAAGUUGAACAAUGCGAUUCUGGCGGAGGAGAAGCAUAUGCCGUUGUACAAGGAGCUGGUCGACAAUUACGAUGUGGAGUACAUUGCUGGAGGUGCGACCCAGAACACAAUUCGUGUCGCUCAGUGGAUGCUUCGAGUUCCCAACGCGACUGGAUACAUGGGCUGCAUUGGCAAAGAUGAAUACGGGCAAAGGAUGAAGGAUAUCGCAGCUGCUGCAGGAGUCAAUGCUCAUUACCGGGAGGAUGACACAGUCCAGACAGGCACCUGUGCCUGUGUGAUCAAGGGAGGAGAGAGGUCUUUGGUCGCUAACCUCUCAGCAGCCAACCAUUACAAGACAGAGCAUCUCUUGAAGCCCGAGAAUUUUGAACUGGUCGAGAAGGCGAAGUUCUAUUACAUCUCCGGGUUCUUCCUGACUGUAUCUCCGGAGUCCAUCAUGAUCGUCGCGAAGCACGCGGCCGAGCAUCGUAAGGUUUUUACGAUGAACUUGGCUGCGCCAUUCAUCAGCGAGUUUUUCACCACCCCUCUGCUGGAAGCUCUACGUUAUGCGGAUAUUGUGUUUGGAAAUGAGACGGAGGCAAAGACGUUCGCCAAGGUCCAAAAGUGGGAGACGGAAGACGUUUCUGAAAUCGCACUGAAAAUCUCUGCAAUGCCCAAGGCAAGUGGGACGUAUGGUCGCACUGUGGUGAUUACUCAAGGAGCAGACGCAACAGUUAUUGCUAAGGAUGGUCAGGUCACGUUGUACCCUGUCAUUAAGAUCGCGAAGGAGAAUCUUGUUGACACAAAUGGUGCUGGUGAUUCAUUUGUUGGCGGCUUCCUGUCUCAGUUAGUGCAAGGGAAAGAGAUUUCGGAAGCAGUUCGGGCAGGGAAUUUUGCGGCGAAUGUCAUUAUUCAGCGGUCUGGAUGCACUUUGCCUGAGAGCUGCGAUUUCUCAUGAGCAGAGAGAGAGAGAGAGAGAGAGAGAGAGAGAGAGAGAGAGAGAGCGCUUAUUAGUACUACAUUAUCAGAGGAUAACCACUGCACAAUCAAAAGGCUCUUGAGUGCCUGUCUGUUAAAUUGGCCUUCUACCUCUGGAGCGUUUUUAUUUAUGCUUGCAGAUGGUGCGAUUCGAUGUUUCGUAUGAAAGGGUGCUUAGAACAUAUGGAAGGGCGUGUGUCAGCUGCAGAAAGGGCUUAUAUAAGUCGAUGGGCUGCAAUGCACGUUUGAGAAAAUAAGUAGUCUAGCACGCUGUGUGAGUUGUCUUCUGGUUUUAAAAGUCCGCUGUAAUGUUUUACAAUAAGUCGUUUGAGUUGUUUUCAGGUUUUAGAUGUCAUUAAAGGCAUCCUGAGGCAGUCGGUUUUGCUUACAGUUGGAGUUGUUCCCCGUGUCUAUGGAGGCAGGUAGUGUAUGUGCACACACAAGGGAUGUCUAUUUCUCGUUGUUUUCUGUGGUGGUUUCCGCUUCAAUUGAAAAAGCAGCAACGGUUUGAUGCAGUUCGAGAUUCCAUGGAUGCAUGCUGUGUCCAUGGAAACAGCAACGGUUUCUGUCAGCUACCGUGACGUGUCUUGAUUGUCGGCUUGGUCAGUUCAGGUUGUUGACUACAACAACAUGGAGACAUGAGGUGUGUGGAGGAUUGCGGUAUUGGUAAAAUAUGUUCUGUUUCCACGCAGGCUGUCUGUUUUCCUGAAUGGAAUUGAUCUCCAGGGAUGGAGUCCGUGGUCUUGUUCUAAGCAGUCAAUGGUUGGCUGCGGUUUCCUGUUGUAGGUUGAACGACAGAGCACAAUAGUUGAAGGUGUGACUGGUUGUUUAGUAAUGAUACCCGUGCUGAGCGCACUCGAUCGGAGGUUACAGGAUUCCAGUCCUGAGUAAUAAGAAAUCUGUGAUGCAUCACUUUUGCUAUCCUGUCAAAAAUGGAGUUCUGUUUUGUUUUGUGGUCUUCUUUUCUUUCUGGAUCUGUCAUCAGCCUUCAUCGCUUUCUAGUUUUGCACGAUUUCGGCAGUAAAAAUAAUGCGCUCACAUCUUAUCCCCCAUGAUAUCUCAGUCAUUAGAAAGAGCCGCUCAGCUGUCCAGUCGUGAGAGUUGUCAAGUCAGAGAAAGGUAGGUCACGCAUCGGUACUUGCCAGUAGAUGCCAGGCCCCACUGAUGCUUUGUAUAUGGUCAACGGUGGUGUGUUGGAGUUGGAUGUGAUGAAGGACGAACACUGCUGUGGGAUGGCGUCCUUCUUGGCUCUCCGUUUUUAAAAAAACUGCAUGACAUUUUUCAAGGUUUGUGUGUGUGUGUGUGUGUGUGUGUGUGUGUGUAUGUGGAGAUCGAGGAUGAGUCUGCUUCGGUUUUAGUCAGAGGUACACUUAAGGGGAAUGGUCGGUUUCCACAUCUUAUAUUAUAUGCCUGUUUCUUGUCCUUUUCUCCGUAUGUGCAUAAGCGAC